AGCGAGAACACGACGUAAACACGACCCCGGAUAACCAAGAGUACUCUCUGGGUUUGUUUCUUUCGCCGCCCUCGAGAGCACUUGUGCAGCUACCCUUCGUACUCCAACUUUUGUGGUCGUUGCCUUCUGCUUCGAUAGCGAUAUAGCGACCACUCUGAUAACAUACACAUAUAUUCUUAGACUGUAAUAUGGCGGCCUUAGGGUCUGAUGUACAGACCACCAGCGUGGAGCUCGUCUCCGUGAUUGAAAAGAUGCGCGAGCGGAAGGCGUUGCUUGACGAGCACAUUUCCGCCGAGGAGGCAGAGCGCGAGCAUCUUGUCAGUGAACUGCGUGUCAUGCAGGCGAAGCUGACGGCACUGGAUGACAGCCUCGCACGGAAGCGCGCUGUGCGAACGGACCUAGACCGCACAAUUGCGGAAACGUUCUCCGCAUUCAAGAGCAUAUUAGAUGCCUCCAAGAAGUUGCUGUCGACGGCAAGGGAGGAGUCCUCCGCGCUGCGAGCGCAGAUUGACUGA